CGGUAUCGUUAGGCGAAUCUGCACGAGUUAAGAAAAUUCAGAAGCCUAAAAAAGUUUUACUUUUGUGGGAAAGAAGAAGAAGAGAGAGAUGUUGAAAUCUUGAAAACAAUUUCUUGAAGAUGACGAAAAGCGUUCACAUGUCUUCUUCUUCUUCUUCUUCUUCUUCUUCUUCCCCCUUUCUCCCCGCCGGCAUUCCGCUUCCAAAACUUUGGUAUUUCUCCAUUUUCUUCUCUUUUCCGUUAAAGCUCCAUUUUUUUUUUCCUCCUUUUUAUUUUCUUUCUUCUCUCUUCAUUCUCAACUCUUCUUCAUUUGAUAUCCCAUGAAGCUUAAGGGUCUUCGAGCUGGAUUGUUGUCUGUUUGGCUAUCUGGGUUUCUCCUAAUCGCUCUCUCCUUCUACGGCACUCAGCUUCUAUCCCCUUCUUCUCUCGAUGGCCCUUUCAGAUACUCUUCCCGUUCCAUUACUGCUCCUCCUCCAAGAAUCACCAUUUUCACUGCUCUCCGUAGCAGCUCCUCCUUGGAUGAACAUAGCCAAGCUUUAUUAGCUAUUCGUUCAUGGCUCGCUUUGUCUUCCCAAGUCACUGUGGUAUUAUUCUCUCCUUCUUCUGAUUCUUCCUUCACCGACAAAUUUGGUUCCCAUCUUCUUCUUGAUUCCACCAUUGAUUUCACGUUUCUUGGUACUCCAUUUUUACACUCGAUGCUGGCGAGAAGUGAAGCUUAUCAAUCUGAUAUAGCUGUUCUGAUGGAUCCAGAGACUGUUUUGCUGCCAGAUUUCAUAUCUGCUUUGAGUUUUGCUCACCAGCUUGAUCGUGACUGGCUUCUCCUUUCUUCAUCAGUGAGUAUUCCUAGUUUCCCGUUCAACUGGGACAACACAGGACAUUUUUGGCGACAGGGGAAUGGUAAAAGGGUGAGAUUCGGAGAGUUGCAGAAGAUGAUAAGCUUGCGAAGUUGGCAAUCAAAUUCUAGCGAAAGCAAAACGAUUUUGGCAUGGAACAACGUCGAUGUGCCCUUGUACUGUGGAGUGCUUCCACCAUUUUUGUAUCAAAGAGGAACUUAUAAUCAAUGGAUCAUUAACGAGGCCAUGUCAUGUAAAAGAAGGUUUGUGUUUGAUGCCACUUCCACCAUAUCGAGCUUUUACUUAGGCAAUGAAGACAAUAGGAGUGAUAAUAAUGUCUCAGAACCGAAAACAAGAAAAUGGGAAUAUAUAGGAAACUCCCAACUGGGGCAGCUCUACGGGUCAUUGUUUUCUAAGUCUUUUACUCUACCUAAGCUUUUGAAGUGCAACAAGCACUAUAUGUUCGUUAACUCUUCAGAUCGUUCUGUUGAUCUGUCUAUACUGGAAGGAAAGAGUUUAGGAUUUCGUAGGCGAGAGAAGAUCUCAGCUUGUAUCAGUAGAACUAAAUCACGAAGCUUGAAAUUAGAUUUAGCACAGAAGAAAGAUGAGGCAGUGCCACUAUUCAAGUUUCCUUUUGACCUGCAGUCUCUUCUCCCAUUAGUUGCAGACAAGAACAGAACUGUUGUUCUUUCAAUUGCUGGGUAUAGUUAUAAGGACAUGCUGAUGAGUUGGGUCUGCAGAUUACGCCGCCUCAAAGUUCCAAAUUUCUUAGUUUGUGCCCUUGAUGAUGAAACUUAUCAGUUUUCUAUAUUGCAGGGUCUGCCAGUUUUCAUUGAUCCGUAUGCUCCUAAGAACAUUAGCUUCAAUGACUGCCACUUUGGAUCAAAGUGUUUCCAGAGAGUGACCAAAGUUAAGUCAAGAACAGUUUUGAAGAUACUGAAGCUGGGAUAUAAUGUUCUAUUGAGCGAUGUAGAUGUAUAUUGGUUCAGAAACCCGUUGCCUCUGCUUCAAUCUUUCGGUCCUUCUGUUCUUGCUGCACAAUCCGAUGAAUACAACACAACAGUACCUAUAAACCGACCAAGACGCUUAAACUCGGGAUUCUACUUUGCACGUUCUGAUGCUCCGACGAUAGCAGCAAUGGAGAAAGUGGUGAAGCAUGCUGCAACCUCCGGUCUAUCAGAGCAGCCUAGCUUCUACGACACUUUAUGUGGAGUAGGUGGAGUUUAUCGCUUAGGAGACGAUAGAUGUCUUGAACCAGAGACAAACCUGACCGUUCAGUUCUUGGACAGAGAGCUAUUCCCAAACGGAGCUUACGGAGAUCUAUGGCUAAAGGAAGACGUGAGAGCAGAAUGCGAGAAGAAGCAUUGCUUCGUUCUGCACAACAACUGGAUCAGUGGGAGACUGAAGAAACUUGAACGCCAAAUGAUGAGAGGUCUCUGGGAAUAUGACGCAUCCAUGAGGAUGUGUGUGUAGAGAGGUACUAAGGAUUAUUAUACACGUUAGAUGAGGCAUACAAAGGCUCUUAGUAUUAGAUAUAAGUUAUACAAAAAUUGUGUUUAUUUAUUGCUUUGUUUAUGAAAGAUAGUUUUAGGCAUAUGAUGAACUUGUAAACUUCAAAUAUUGUUGGCAGAACAGAGAUCAAAGAAUAUAACUGAUUUU